CUGUCGAUGUUAGCAACUAUCACAGUGGCGCUUUUUAUUGGUAUGUGUUUGGUGUUGAAAAAUUUUGUGACUUUAAAUAGGAAUACGUUCUACUCCCUUCAAAAAACGAAAAUACCCACCUGAUUUUACGAAAGUUGUUGUUUGACUCUAUCACAGUUUCCUUGCCAGUGUAUUUCUGAUAGUUGCAAUGAUAGGAUCGCUGUAAGAAUAAAGCUCACGUUUUUUUUUUCAAAAAAGUAUUUUAACAAGAAAUAAUGAGUGGUCAAAUCGACAACCCUGGUUUCGUUAACGAUGACGGUAAAAGCAUUCAUGGUGUCACGCCAGCUCUUAAUUCUACAGAUGAUGCUACCCGGAAAAAUGGAAAAUCCGGGAUGGUUGAGAUGAAUGACUUAAGAAAAGCAGAAGAAGCAACUGGAGAAUAUGAACCAUACUUACACAGAGAAGUAGAACAUCCUACCACAAAUGCAGAAACGUUACUACAUUUGCUCAAGGGAAGUUUAGGCACUGGCAUAUUGUCUAUGCCGCUUGCAUUUUACCAUGCCGGAUAUUUAGUGGGCAUAAUAUGUACAAUAGUAAUUGGUGCAAUUUGCACAUAUUGCAUACACAUGAUUAUACAAGCAGAAUACGAAUUAUGUAAAAGAAAAAAGUUACCAAGUUUAACUUACCCCGCUACGGCAGAAUUAGCUUUACUCGAAGGACCUUCAUUUUUUAAGAAAUUAGCACCUUUUGCUGUGCACAUAAUUAACGUAUUCUUACUGAUAUAUCAGAUGGGAGCUGGGUGCGUGUACACCGUUUUUAUCGCCGAAAAUGUUAAAGCUGUUGCAGACGAGUACACAGACAAAUUGGAUGUGAAAAUUUGGAUGCUAGUCUUCCUACUUCCUCUUAUAUUGAUCAAUUAUAUCAGAAAUCUAAAAUUUUUGGCUCCCUUUUCAACAGUUGCCAAUUUCAUCACAAUAGCAAGUUUUGGAAUUAUUUUAUAUUACUUAAUCAAAGCAGAUAUCACUUUUGAGGACCGAAAUCUCUCAGGUGAAAUAAAGGAUUUUCCUUUAUAUUUUGGAACUGUUCUGUUUGCUCUCGAAGCAAUUGGCGUGAUCAUGCCCUUAGAAAAUGAAAUGAAAACACCAAAAGCUUUCAAAGGUCCGUGUGGAGUCCUCAAUAUUGGGAUGAUUUCCAUCGUUGUUCUUUAUGUGGGAAUGGGAUUAUUGGGUUACCUUGCCUAUGGAUCAGACGUUGCAGAUACUAUAACCCUUAAUUUAGACAAGGGAGAUGUGUUGGCGCAAGUAGCGAAAGUGAUGUUGGCUAUUGCAAUCUACAUUACUCAUCCCCUACAAAUGUAUGUAGCAAUUGAUAUUAUGUGGAACGAAUAUUUACUGCCAAAAUGCGAAAAAAGUCGUUAUCAAUUAUUGUUUGAAUACUGUGUGCGUACUUCUCUAGUCCUUAUUACUUUUGCCUUAGCGGUUGCCAUUCCAAAACUAGAUCUCUUCAUUUCCUUGUUUGGUGCAUUUUGUUUAUCAGCACUUGGUUUAGCAUUUCCUGCCAUCAUACAGACUAGUACAUUUUGGUAUUCCUUAAAUGGAGUUAAAGGCAAAUUAAUCAUAGCAAAAAAUUGUGUCAUUGUUUUGUUUGGUUUUAUUGGACUUGUUGUUGGAACGUACACUAGUCUACAAAAAAUAGUUGAAUAUUUUAAUGAGUGAAAUUUUACUCUACACUUUUUCUGACGUUGGUUGAAGACUCAUUAAUUCUAAAGUACAAGAAAUUUUUAUUAUGUGAUAUAAGUUUAAUGCUCAAUGUCAAAUUUAGGCAUCAGGCAAAUUGUAUACAACAUAGUAAAUUAUUGUUUUAUAUUAUUAUACAGACUAUUGUAAAUAUGUACUAGUUGCGUGCAUAUAGGAAAAACAAGUAAAAAUCUUAUUUUUUCUGAACUGAGAUGUUAAUUAUAAAAAUAAAUUAUCUGUGAUUGCAAAAUUUAUAUAAGCACAGUAUCGUACCAGUGAAUUCAGAAAUGAACUGAAAGAAACAUACAGUGCAUCUCAUAAUCAAUCGUCUGCCUACCGCUUGCUUGCCCUUGAACGGUCGUUGUUCGUCGAAAUUUGACGAUAAAAGUAUAAUUAUAAGUAAAAUACUAUAUUUUAAAAUGCAAUCGGAAGUGCAAAAUACCAUGUGAUGGUAAACAACAUAUUACUCUUAAUUUUUAAGUAGCUCGGGUACAUUUUGAGGUGGCUAUUUUAAUAUCUUUCUAACUACAUAUUUCUCAAAAAUUUCGAUUUAUUUUGGAUGGUAUAGUAAAAUAAAAUAACAAACAAAUUUUUGGAAACAUACAUAGUUUAAUCUCAAUUAAUAUUUUAAACGUUAUUAUAACAUAUGCUUUCAAACUAGCGCAGAAAUGUGAGGAACAUUAAAUAAUUCUCGCAAAACAUAUUCAUGCUACAUAUUUACAAAUGUGGAACAAAUAUAUUUAGCAUAUCUUCACAUAGUGAUUCAACCUUCCAGUUCUUAAUGUAAAAUCUAGUAUUUUAUUGUAGUUUAUUUCAGAUAAAAUCUGUUUUUCUGGUGACUAAAAAGAUGGAGGAAUGAUUUUCAGAAACACUGUACAGUUAAUUUUGGCAAUUAAAAUUUGUUUUUGCAUUUAUGAAUCUUAGUUUGAAAAACUUUGUAUUAUUUACUUGUCCUGUAUUUCUAGUGUCCAGUACAUAGUAUUACCCUUUAUAAAUUAAGGUUGUUCAACUUUACAAGUGAACUUAUUCAAAAGAGUUCGUGAAAGAACUAUCUAUUUUCUUACACGUGUAGUGUAGGUGCCUAUUUUAAAAUUAAAACCAUUUUUAUUUUCUCAUUAUUUACAAUGAGAUUUAAAAUAAAUGCUUAAGACGAACACUGACGUUUUAUAUAUAUACCGGGUGUCCCAGUUUACUUUUCUGGAAUUUGGAAAGAUUAUUUGUAGCAUAAAGAAAAUUAUAAAAUACAUACACUGUUGCAGUUAUAUCGCCUUUAAAAUGAAAUCAUUUCUUCCUUUUAAAUAGAGUGACGGAUAUUUUUAAACGACUUAGUAUAUUUUAUAAAACUUGAUACGUAACUAGAAUUAGAUUCAAUGGUUUAAACAUUUUUUGAAUGACAGCAUCACUGUUUACCAGUUUGUUGUAUUUCAAGGGAUAGAAAGCUUAAAUUGGAACGAUGGUUUCAAAAUUGUUCAUAUUAAACCUUCCCAAACAUCAACAGUUUGUUUUCUAUUUGUAGUGUCUUUUUUUUAAACAUUCAGUUUAGUUUUUUAAACAUUUUGAUAUUCGCAUAAAGGCUAGAGGUACUAAAUAUACAAAAUUUUCUGCGUACACUCUUCUCGAUUAUCUUAUGUUUUUCGAUGAUCCUGCUAUUUUACCUAAUACUGCAUGUAUUUUAUAGAUUUCUUCGUGUUAUCGUUCUAAAUUUCAAAAUUCAGUCUUUUCAAAGAUAUUAGAAUGGAACAUAUCAACGUGAACACCCGAUAUAGACAACCAUGUUGACGUACAGAAACAUCCAUACUCGAUCAAAAAUUGAAAAUGACAUUUUUUGUAGACUAUUUCCAAAAUACAAAUAAAUACACUGUAACUAAGUAUUGUUCAUAUUAUUUUUUGUUAAUUUUAUUGCAAUCCAAUAAUAGACUGUUAUGAUGUA